AGCCACGAAGAUAAUCCAAAGCCCCUCAGUAGACCUGUAGCCGUAGCCCGUGGUCAGCGGAGCGCGUUCACAACAGUUCACAACCGCAGACAACAUGCGUGCACACGGACGCGUGCCAAGUUUUAGUUUUGCGAGCGUCAUUUUGCGCUGCGCAUACAUUUACGCGAGUAUCACAUUUAUUGCGGCUUCAGAAUAUGGUGUGCCUAUAGAAAUAAAGUUAUGGGAUACAGGGCGAACGCCUUUAGCCCAUAUGGUGGAUGUAACAAACGAGUUCGGUUUAAAAGUGCUGGCAGAACAUAACUUUUUGAAUGAUAACAACAUAGCUUUCUCACCGUAUGGUCUGAUGGGGAUCAUGGUCGCAUUGUAUGAGGGUGUGGAUGGAGAGUCCUCGUAUCAGAUCCAGCGAGGAAUGCAACUGCCGUGGAACCGGAAUGUCAUGAGAAUAGGCUUUAGAGAUAUACAUCGCACGCUGAAGACUUAUUUUGUUCCGGAAGAAGGAUUUUUAGCGGGGCUAGCAUUAAACAAUGAAAAUGUCACUUUCAACGAGCCAUACAAAAAGAUUUUGCGGUUCUAUGGUUUUGAUUUAGAAAACGACCAAUUGCCGACACUUGCUCCUGAUACAAAUAGUACUUCAAAUAACACAAGUUCAGCUACCACAAUGAGUUCAGUAGGGACUAGUGAAACAACGACAAUGACUGUGCCAAUGACCUCAGAAAUUGCACCAGCUAGAGAAGAUGCUAGCACUGGUUCCCCGACAAGGGAAGAAACCACGACAACAACCAAUCCAAAUGCUGAGACAAUAAAUACCAUAGAUAUAAGAGAAGGUGCAACAACUGCUGCGAGCCCGUCUUCUGCCCCAAAUGCAGAGGGCACAUCCUUGAGUUCCACUGUCACCACGAUAGAAACAACGACUGAGAGAGUAACACAGACCACCCAAACAGCGACUACAUCUACCACAGUGGAGGCAACAACACAGGCUCCUACAACCCCAGAAACAGACCCACCCACGACAGCGACCACGACGACAGUUGCCCCAACUGUACCAACUGAAAUGGAUCCUGUUUCAAGUAGCUCACAAGUUACAAAUACAGAUGAGCCGACUACCAACAACGAAGUGGAUACGUCAUCAACCACUGUUGAUAUGACGCCCAGUACAACCCAAGCCAGUACGACUGAUGCAAGUACAACACAGACCAAUCCUAUAGAGGAAACGCAAACCCAACUAUCAACUUUGGACAGCUCUACAAUAACAUCAACGAUAACUGAAAACACCCCAACGGAGGCUGUUAUGAGUACAAUAACAGAAACACAGCAAACCGAUCAAAUGUCUACAUUAACUUUGGACGACAUGACCACUGCAUUAAAUUCUGUGACACCAGCAAAUGAAUCUGCUUUAGAGACCCUUGAACGAAAGAAAAAGUCUAUUGUAGAUUUUAUAUUCACACACCCACCCUACAUAGAUGAAUAUUUGUACAGAUCUUAUGACAUUGGUUCGGAUGCAAUAAACCCGAGUUUUGACGACAAAAUGUUUUUGGCCAACGGCUUGAGAAGCGUUCAGGUCACGUAUAUGCGAUACGACACAGUGCUGGAGCACGCCUACCUGCCGCAUUUAGAGGCCUCGGCAUUAAGACUACCGCUGGACAGCGAUCGCUACUACUUACUGGUGGUGCUGCCGAACCGGGGCGGUGCUCCGGAGCUGGGCCGGCUACUGUCUCGGAUGGCUCGGGAGUCAGACUUGUCAGACAUUUAUUCGGUGUUGCGUCCGCGUCGUGUGAAGGGAAUCGUGCCCAGCUUCACUGUUAAAGGUCAUGUGACUUUAACUACAGAUUUGCAAAAGCUUGGCAUUAGAGAUGUUUUCGAACCGCGACAGCGCGACUUCACGCUGAUGACGAGGCAGCCGGGAGUCUACGUGCGGAGCAUUGAACAAGCAGUCUCCGUCGCUAUCCGCAAAUACCGACCGGACGAUCAGAAGAAGAAUAGAUAUGUAACAAGCCGUGAUCCUGUCAUAUUCUCCGCGACAUACCCGUUCCUGUACUUCGUCAUGGACGCCAGCAUCCACGUCGCGCUCAUGGCUGGCAAGAUGGUGGACCCGCUCAAUUCUAGGAUAUUAUAGUCUUAAUAGAACUUUUGGUAGUUU